AAGUGCAAGAAGUUAAUGAUAAGCAGCCUCAGGUAUUUAACAGGAUCCCUUCAGGCUGCAUGUCAGUUUUUUUAUCUGUAAAUGUGCAUGCAACUGAGGACCCCAUGGAAACCGUGCUGCAGCAGCUGACGCGUGGAAAUGCUCUUUUUCUCAUCUUAAUUUUGGGAAUUGGAGGAAGCUUUCAGUCAGGAUACCACAUCACCGCCCUGAGUUCUCCCUCUCCGUUCAUUCAGCGCUUCAUCAACAACACCUGGUAUGAGAGAUACACGGUGCCGCCAGCCGGACACACCGUCACUAUUAUCUGGUCCCUCAUAGUAUCCAUGUAUGCCGUGGGGGGAAUAUUUGGUGCUGUCAGUGUCAAGUGCUUCUCGGGCCUGCUGGGAAGAAAAAAGGCGGUUAUCUGCAACAGCUGUAUUGCCAUUGCUGCAGCCGGGAUCAUGCUGACAAGUAAAUGGGCCAAGUCUUACGAAAUGAUCAUUGUAGCAAGAAUACUAUCUGGCUACUCAUCAGCCCUAGGAAUGAGCACCCAUCUAAUGUACCUUGGCGAGAUUUCACCCAGAAAGAUAAGAGGCGUUGUCACCGUGUCCUCAGCGACCUUUAAGUCCCUUGGCAAACUGUCUGCUCAGUUUCUUGGUCUCAGUGAGAUCCUCGGCUGCGAAGAGCUGUGGAACGUGGUCCUUUGUGUGCCUGCGUGUCUUUCGGUGGUCCAGGUGUUGGUGAUGCCGUAUCUUCCCGAAGCGCCCAGAUAUCUGUUUAUCGAGAAACGAGAUGAUAAAGCAUGCAAAAACGCUCUGGAGAGUCUGUGGGGCCAAGGUGACUUCAAUCAGGAGAUGGAGGAAAUGUUGAGUGAGCAGGCAACUAUGGAAGCGGUCCCCGCAAAAAGCCCUCUGCUGCUUCUUCGGGAUCGGACAGUCCGAUGGCAGCUUAUCACCAUGUCCACCAUCUACUGCUGUAACCAGUUAUCAGGCAUGGCCAUGAUCAGCACUUUUGCUUUUGACAUCUUUCGGAGUACGGGGAUCCCAACAGAUCAAAUCCGCUACAUGACGAUCGGGCUCGGAAUAACUGAAAUGAUCACCUCCAUCUCUUGUGGUUUGUUGAUUGAGCAUGCAGGAAGGAGGCCACUGUUCUGGGGGGGUUAUGGCAUCAUGUCUGCAUGCUGGCUGUUCGUUACUGUUGUGCUCAACUUGAAGGGUUCUAGUUCUUGGGCUCCAUACGUUACUACUGUUUUGAUCAUCCUCUUCAUCAUCUUCUUCUGUGGAGGGCCUGGGGGAGCAUCAGGUACUCUCAACAGUGAGAUCUUCAUUCAGUCCAAUCGUGUGGCUGCCUUUGUCCUCUUCGGGGUUCAGAGCUGGUUCGUAUUAGCCGUGCUGGGCCUGGUCUUUCCCAUUCUUAUUGAUGCGCUCGACUCGUACUGCUUUGUGAUUUUUGCUUGCAUGUGCCUGCUGGGUUGUGUUUACGUCUUCUUCUUCCUGCCCGAAACCAAAGGGAAGACACUGCUGGAGAUCACAGACGAGUUUGAAGCCAUCACCAUCUGUGGAAACUCUUUUCGAGAAGAAAACCGACUGGAGACUAAGUUAUAG